AUGUCAUUGUCAGAUAAGAAAGGAAAAAAUAAGCAAUGCCCCACGGGUGACGCGGGAUCAUCUAGUAGGCCUAGCAGCUAUAUUGUGAAACCUCAUCUCGAAAGAUUAGGAAGGCCUAGUGAUGAGAAAUGGGACUUUGAUUGUCACUCCAUAUAUAACUCAUGUUUCCCUUCAAGCAUAACUCUAGAGUGGUUCGGCCAUCAAAGCAAUGACUCCUCGGCAACAAUCUCACUGCCACAUAAUCUAAACUUAGACAGCAAUUGGAUAGGAUUAGCUGUAUGUGCAUACUUUUCAGUCCUGGAGCGUCCAACUGUCGACAUUGACAAUUUGGAUAUUCCAGCAAUUUCUCACCACCUUAUAUCUGAAUGA